AUGUCCGAAUGGCUCCUACGUGCGUGGGAGGUUUGCCCUCUGGCUCACUAUCGAUGCAUUGCACAUCUUGUUGCUCUUGCCGCUCAUGCAAAGGUUGAGAAUACUGAGCACUACGAUAGACUCCGUGCUGCUUGUACGCAUCGCCUUGUGUCUUUAAUUACCAGAAAUAGUCCACCUAGCACCUCUCCGAUAGACGGCCCGUCUGCUCCUGCGCGGACCCAUGAGAUUCGUGAUUUGAUCUCUUGGAUGUUGCUAGUCAACCCUAGUGCUGAUGUUGACCUGUUCCAGUCUCUAGGAAAUCUUCAGAACGCAUUACAGUGCUUGAACGCUGCCCCUGCUGCUCUCGCAGCGUCCGGCGAAUAUGACAGGCGUCGCAGUGAUUUCUUGGGUAUGAAAGCAGAAAUCGUUCUCCAAGUUUGUUUCAGGUAUGGUUUACACCUCCUUAGACAAAGGAAACACAAGAUGGUCGCGCGGGUUAUGCUUGAGCAGUCAAAAGCUCUUCUGAUGCGACAGUAAGACGAAAAAUUCCAC